CAAAAUAAUAAGAUCACCCUUCCCUCUCAAUUUUUUUUUUGAUCGAAAAUAUGAAGAUGGCAACGACAUCAUGGGUCGGCUUUAUGCUUCUUGCCACGCUGUCGAUCAUGGGCCACGUGGCAGAGGGGCUCGGCGUGAACUGGGGAACCCAGGCUGCCCAAAACCUGAACCCUGGUGUUGUUGCCCAGCUUCUCAGAGACAACAAGAUUAAUAAGGUCAAGUUGUUCGAUUCGGAUGCUUGGACCGUCAACUUCUUCAAAGGGAUGGACAUUGAAGUCAUGCUCGGCAUCCCCAACAAUCAGUUGAGUUCUCUGGCUCGCGAUUACGACAAGGCAAAGGAUUGGGUCAAGGACCAUGUGGCCAAGCAUUUGUACAAUGGUGGUGUUAACAUCAAAUAUGUCGCGGUCGGAAACGAGCCAUUCCUUAAAGCCUACAACGGGUCGAACCUCGAGACCACAUUCCCGGCCCUCCAAAACAUCCAAAAGGCCCUCGACGAGAGCGGGCUCGGCGACCGCAUCAAGGCCACCAUCCCCCAAAACGGCGACGUCUACGACUCGGGCUCGUCGGGCCCCUCGGCCGGCCAAUUCCGGGCCGACAUCCGCGACCUCAUGACCCAAAUCGUGCGCUUCCUCCAAGACCACAACUCCCCUUUCCUAGUCAACAUCUACCCUUUCCUAAGCCUCUACCAAAACCCGGAUUUCCCCAUCGAGUUUGCCUUCUUUGACGGUGGGGCCACGCCAGUCGAGGACGAUGGGAUCACCUACACGAACAUGCUCGACGCCAACUUGGACACGCUCGUGUGGGCGCUCAAGAAGGCCGGGGCCCCCAAGGUGAGGAUCACCAUAGGGGAGAUAGGGUGGCCCACGGACGGGCACGCCCAAGCGAAUGCGAAGAUGGCGAAGAGAUUCUACCAAGGGUUUCUUAAGAAGAUGGCUGAAAAGAAGGGGAGCCCGUUGUAUAAGGACGAGCUCGAGUAUUAUUUGUUUAGUUUAACGGACGAGAAUCAAAAGAGCAUAGCGCCCGGGGAUUUCGAGCGCCAUUGGGGGAUAUAUAGGUAUGACGGGCAACCCAAGUACCCGAUCGACUUCACUGGGAAAGGGAAUGACAGAAUGCCAGUCCCCGCCAAGAACGUGCCUUACAUGGAGCAAAAGUGGUGCGUUUUGAACGGCGACAUCAAGAAUUUGGACAAAAUGCCAGCUAACAUGAACUUCGCGUGCUCUAACGGCGACUGCACGGCUUUAGGGGCCGGAUGCUCGUGCAACGGCUUGGACAAGCAACAUCGCAUCUCAUACGCGUUCAACAACUAUUUCCAGAUAAACAAUCAAGACGUGCGCGCGUGCAAUUUCGAAGGUCUUGCUAAGAUCUCUUCGCGAAACGCAUCAACCGGGCAAUGCUUUUUCCCAAUCGCAUUACAAGAUAGCGGCGCAUGGAAACUCGGCAUGCAUGUGUGGGCCGGAGUCUUAUCGGGUGUUUUGGCCCUUUUCGUCUUGUUGUUUUAGUUUUUUCGAUUUACAUGUAUGUGGGAAGAAAAAAAAAAAAA